AUGAAUGUAAAAGUUAUCACAAGUGGAAAGGGAUGCAAACGAGGCCUCACUUUUUACAACUAUUGCCUCCAAGUGUGCCAACUGUGCGCAUACAUUACAUGCACACUUACGAUGGGCUUAUUUGGUGUUAUCAAUUCAAAAGACGUUCAAAGCCACGAUUUGCCAUAUUUUGCUGAUCGACUCAAUAACAUAACGGUUGCCGUCGGAAGGGACGCUACUUUCCAAUGUGUUGUCCAUAACUUAAAAAAGGAAUAUCAAGUGGUUUGGUUUCAUAAGGACAGACACACUCUAUUAGCGAUGCACGACACCGUCAUAUUCAGGUCGGGACGCCUUUCCGUCACCACUCACGCGGCCAACACUUUUAAUCUCUAUAUCCAUGAUAUUCGUGAGGAAGACAGUGGAGAAUACAUGUGCCAAAUAAAUACAAAUCCUAUGAUCAGUCAAAGUGGUUUCUUACAGGUCGUCGUUCCGCCGCGUUUUGUCCAGAAGUUUACGUCUUCUGAUGAAGAAGUGCGCGAAGACUCGUCAGUAAGUCUGAGAUGUAGUGCCAGUGGUUUCCCUAAGCCUGACAUUAAAUGGCGCAGAGAAGACGGUCAGCCCAUUAACAUCCAGUCAAAUGGCACCACAAAACUCAGCCAAAAAGAGAUUGCAGUGAAUGGCGAGUAUCUGAACAUAACAAAAGUGACUCGUCUUCAUAUGGGAGCUUAUAUUUGUAUUGCAAAUAACGGGCAAACGAUGCCAUUCGUUAACGUUUGA